UUUCUCACAUGUAGCAUUUCAACACCUCUACAGUACCAGAAAAAAGAACCUGGUUUUGCAGAAAUCCCAACUCUGAUUUUUUUUAAGCUUGCUUUUUAAUAUAUAAAAGUACAUAUAGAUACACAUAUAUAGAGUGUAUUCUUGCAACCUGCCAAGAUGUCUAGAGUAGCGAAAUACCGACGGCAAGUCAGUGAAGAUCCAGAUAUUGACAACUUAUUAUCUACUUUAUCUCCAGAAGAGAUGGAGGAGCUAGAAAAAGAACUGGAUUCAUCUGAUACAGAUGGGAGCAUUCCAGUAGGCCUCGAGCAGAGAGAUAAAACUGACAAGCAAUUGAGUGGCAAAUACAAUCGAGAGGAAUCACUCAGCCACCGUGAAAAGGAGACCAAGAAAUUUAUUCCAAAGGAACAGUCAACGGAUGAAGCAAAGGCAAUAGAGAAGAAGAAAGAGGCAAAGAUUCCUGAAGACAAACGUAAGGAGCCUUACAGCAGAGAUCUGAAAAAAAGUAGAACUCCUGAUCUGAUAAAGGAAGGGAAAAAAGAAGAACAGGUCCAGAAAGCAAAUCAGAAGGGAAAAGAUGAAACAGACAGCAGUAAUAAAAUGGGACAAGCCAAAGAGAAAACCAGUAAGGAUGAAAAAAGGUUUUCCAAAGAGAAAGAAAAAUCCAUGGCAGCAGAUAAACGUGUAACAGGCCAAGUGAGAGGGGAAGAAAGGGGUAAACUGCUAAAGAGCAGGUCAGUAGAUGAUAAAGGAAGAGAAGACAAGGCAGCAGAAUAUAAGAGAGGGACUGGGUGGGACAGAAAGACUGAAGAUAAAAAGGAAUGGGAAAAAAUAGAAGAAAAAAGAUCAGCUUUAAAGCCAGUCUCAAAGAGAGAAGAUAAAAAAGAACCCACCAAAGCAGGAGAAAUAAGUUCAACUACAAAGCCAGGCUCAAAGAUUGACAACAAAGAGAAACUCUUGAAGGAUAGUAAAGGAAUUCCAGAGACAAAUGUCCCAAUUUUAGAGCAAGAGGACAUGAUCCAAGAGCCUCCUGAUAGCAGCCCCUCUAAACCUGCAGACAGUUCUUCAAGCCAGAGCAAGGAGGAUGAAGCCACCAGCAUCUUUGAUGAACCCUUGGAAAAGAUCAAGAAUAAUGACCCAGAGAUGGUAGAAGUUAACGUCAACAAUUCUGACUGCAUCAACAAUGAGAUCCUGGUACGCUUUGCUGAGGCCUUGGAAUUCAACACAGUGGUCAAGGUCUUUGCCCUGACCAACACACGUGCUGACGAUCAUGUUGCAUUUGCCAUUGCCAUCAUGCUAAAGUCCAACAAGACCCUGACAAGCAUAAACCUAGAUUCCAAUUAUAUCACAGGCAAAGGGAUCCUGGCCAUCUUCCGUGCGCUGCUGCAGAACAACACUCUGACGGAGCUGCGCUUUCACAAUCAGAGACAUAUUUGUGGAGGGAAGACCGAGAUGGAGAUAGCAAAGUUGCUGAAAGAGAACACCACACUGCUGAAACUGGGCUACCAUUUUGAAUUAGCUGGGCCACGCAUGACGGUCACAAACCUACUAAGCAGGAAUAUGGACAAACAGAGACAGAAACGCUUACAAGAGCAGAAACAGGCCCAGGAAAAGAUGGAGAAGAAGGACUUCCUUGAGGUGCCAAAGGCAGGAUGCUUGCCAGCUGGCUCACAAAAGAUUUCUCCAAAACCAUCCCCCAAAACCUCCCCAUGGUCUUCCCCUAAAGCUCCUCCUAAGAAAUCUGGAACCCCAGAUGCUCCUCCUCCCCCACCCCCAGCUCUAGCCCCUCCACCUGCUCCUCCCUUGAUUAAUGAAAACUUACGCUUGUCCCUUUCUCCGGCCACUCAGAGGAAGAUGGUAGACAAAGCACUUCCGCCUCAGGAGAAGAAUUCCAGAGAUCAACUUCUGGAUGCCAUUCGCUCUAUCAACAAGAAGCAGUUGAAAAAGGUGGAGGUUCCCAAGUUACUUCAAUAGUAGGGAGUGGAAUCUUGGACAGUGGAGAUUGCCAAGGCUGAAUCACUGAGUUUGUCUCUCGGGUGACUGUUUACAUGAGAAGAACGCAACAGAGCCACAGCCCGCCCUGUGUUAGUCCCAGAUGAACCGUGUUCUCUGUGGGAUUAAUUUGGAUGCAAUAAUUAGAUGGAUUGCCAAAAGGCAUUAUCAUCAGGAAGAAGUGGUAUUUAUUUUUAGUCCUUUUUAAUAACAAAACUUGUUUUUGUCCUGAAAAGAAGGAUCUGCAGAUAUGGUACAUUUGGGCUUUUUGUCUAGUUUUUUCUUGUGGAAGCUCAGAAACUAAAGGGGCAAAUGUGAUCAACCUUGAAGAAGUCUGAAUUUGGGGUAUCUCUGCUUAUCUCAUCAUAUCCCAGGCAGCAACACUGCAAUCGCUUGCCGCUAGGAACAUCUAAAGAGCUAUACUGGAGCAGCAGCAGCAUGAGAAGGUGUCCAGCAUACUGUCGGUACGAGAAGACUCUAAAUGGAGCUAUGUCACAAUUAUGCCCAUUGCUGCUGGAUUGAAAUGGCAAUGUCAUGUUCUGUUUUCCUUGUAUACUGAAGCAGGAGGGUGGGGGAGAAAUCAUGGAGACAAAACUCAUUGUUCAAUGUCUCUGUGAUUUCAAGGAUUCCAUUUCUGUGAUAGCAAAAAGCAAACACAGGUUCUUAUAGGCCAUGGCUUUUUUGGUGGAAAGAAAUGGGUGUGUGCGCCACAUUUGAUUGCUAAAGACUUGUCAUGGUGCCAUGAUGUAAACAAAGGCAGCUGAAUGGACUGCAUUACUGCUGGGUCUGGGGCUCUGCUGCUUCUACUUCUGAAGUAAUUCCCAAUUCAUUUUAGAAUUUGCAAGACUUAAAUCUUAGAAUUCAUGUAAUAGAAAACGAACAAGCUUAGCUGUCAGUGGGAAGUAAUGAAAAAGACAAACAGUCCAUAUAUAUAUAAUCAGCUCAACUUUGGAAACUCAAAUUUGAAAAAAUCAGGAGCAUCUUUAGGGCUUGGGGCAAAUAAUCAGUUUGAGCCUAAUCCAGUGGGCCAUAACUUACAAGAUCAUAUCAAAUAUCUGUCAAGACAUUUGUUUACUAUAGACAUGGGAAUACAUUUGGGGACCAGAAAGUUUUUGUAAUACUUUUUAAAACUAUGCUGAUUUGUGGAAAGAAACACUCUCAAGGAAGAGACAUUGUUUUUGAAAUGUCCAUCAAUAAGCCAUGUUAUGUGGACUGUGAGAAUGCUAUGUGCUCCAGCUACUCUGUAUCAGCUUCCUUUCCUUGCAAUCUUGGUCUUCUUUCCCUCCAAAUGAAUCCCAGUUUCAUGAAUUAUAUUUUUAGCAUAAUAGCUGUCAAAUACUUUCUGGUAAUAUGUGACUAUUUAGCAUCACGCUAUGGUUGGAUCACAUGGGUGUAUACACCCUCAUCAGUCCUGAUGAAGGGAGUAUCCAUAAUAUCAGGGUAUGAAUGGGAUGCUGACAGAACACUGAAGUUAGUCUCCAGUAAGUAGUUUUGACAUGGCAGAUAAACCACAAAUGGAAUGUAUGAAGUGAU